GAAUGGAAAGUUGCACCUGUGUCUAGAUUCGAUUGUUGAAUUCGUCGGGUGCGUUUCAAGCGUGCAUUAAAGUCAUUCUUUCACAAAAAAUCGCAACAUAUUUCAGAAGUCUUCUCAAGUAUUCAAUUAUUAUCAAUUUUCGUCUGGUAUUCCGCACGGUCAUGUUAAGAUUGUUAGUACUUCACGUGAAAUAAAGUGUGCGCGUGAAUUCAGUUACGAAUUCGGUAUCUACGGAAAAAUUGCGUAUGUCGUGCUUUGAGAAGGUUUUUCAAGUGAUUUUUCAAUAGAGAGUGCUGUAAAGUUCUAGAUUUCCAUAGUUUUUCUAAUAACUAUUUCCUGAAUUAUUUACGAAUUUUUGUUUGGAAAAAUCUUAUCGCAACGUUUUAUCUUGAUAGAGAAGAUAAAUCUAGUCAAGCCAAUAUGAGAGAAGUUGAGUAAGAUAUCAUUCAGCGGUGACUCACGUUUCAAAAUAUUCAGAUAUUCGAGUGUUAGUGAGAGAGGAGAAUCGUCUGAUUACAGUGAAGAAUGACUUUAUCAAAUCGCAGAACAGCAUCAUUUCCACUGUGGUCCGUGAUAACCCUCAUCACGCAAUUCGCAGUGGCGCAAGCAGUCAAUUGUCCAAACCAAUGUAACUGUGAUUGGGUCCUUGACAGUUUAAGUGUAAACUGUUCAAGUAGAGAUCUCAUCAAUUUACCGGAUUUCUCCGAUCUUCCAAUAGAAACAUUAUAUCUAUCGAACAACAAAUUCACCGAGUUCCCCACGGAACUAUCAUUGGUACCGACAUUAACGUCGUUAGAUUUAUCAAAUAAUUUCAUACAUGCCCUUUCGGCUGACACGUUUUUGGGGUUCAAAAAUCUGAGGCAUUUGUAUCUGCGCGGGAACAAUAUCACGAAAUGGGCCGACAUCAAUCCGGCGAGGGUGCUCAUGAACACUGUUCACUUGGAAACCCUCUCACUGGCAGGCAACCCUAUUUCAACAUUUUCAACCAAUGAUCAACGAAUAGCUCUUAUUAGCACCUCCUUGCUUACCUUGGACUUGAGCUUCUGCAAUAUAACGAAAAUCACAGGCAACUUUGCUCUUCAGGGCAUGAAUCGAUUGGAAAAUCUUAUACUAGCAGGAAAUCCUUUACAGACGAUAACAAGGCUGGAGUCAUUGUCGUUGAAGGCGAUCAACUUGAGUAGCUGCGAAUUGCACUUCCUUCCACCCAACAUUUUCAGCGGAGUUCCAAAUCUGCAGGCUCUGGAUUUAUCGAGGAAUUCGUUACUUACGUUAGAGCCUCAAGCGAAUGGAUACGUAACUUCACGAUCUUUGCGCCGAAUCAACUUGUCUUACUGCAACAUGCCUUCCAUCAACCUCGAAGGUUUCCCAAAUGUGACGACGGUCCUCCUGAAGGGCAACAUGAUUCGCGAAAUAUCUGAAACCAGCUUCCGUUUGAAUUCUCAAAUAGAGAACCUGGACCUAUCGAAUAAUGCGAUUCGAUUGCUGGAACCUAACGCGUUCAGCAAUUUGCGGAUUUUGAAACGCCUGGAUCUCUCGUAUAAUAUGAUUGGGGAGGUCGACAGAAGUGUUUUCUCCAAUAAUGAAAUUCUCACUAAUCUUAAUUUGAGUAGAAACUAUUUAACGAGAUUCGGUAGAAUCAUUGGGACGUCGAUCUUGAAUUUGGACCUGAGCUCGUGCGAAAUAACAUCAAUUGCUGCCGACAGUUUGAUACACAUGCCGGUAACCGACUUGAACUUGUCAAAUAAUUUGAUAUCUAGUCUUCCAGCCGGGUUUGCCUCGCAAACAUUACAGACAUUAGAUUUGGGCCUGAAUAGACUCUCUUCGAUAACAAACACCACUUUCCGGCACUUUCCAGAACUAUCGGCGCUCAUUUUGACGGGGAAUCGCUUCACAGUGCCAUUUAAACCCGAUUAUUUCAAAAGGAAUCAAUAUCUCCACUUUAUUUCGUUAGAGGAUAAUCCAUGGAGAUGUGACUGCAAGGAGCCAUCCUUUAAGCAGUUCUUCCUCUAUCUGACGCAAUCGCCACCUAAAAUAACCUCUACGAAGAAACUUAAAUGUACAAGUCCUGAGCAAACCUUUGGAAGAACAUGGGAUGCUGUUUGCUUCUCAGUUUGGUUCCCGCAGCAGAACAUGAGCACUAUCGAGAAAUUCUGGGCUAUAGCGAUGUCGUCCUUAGCGGCGCUUUGUUUGAGUCUGUUUGCUUAUCGGAUGGCGAAGAAAUACAUGAAGAAGAAAAAACAACGACGAAAUACGGCGGAGCUCCGAGAAAACCUGGAAGAACAAAGAAGACUUCAAAACUACAACCGCCAAUUCAUCGAACAAGAAGCACAGCAGAAUGCUCCGGAUCCACGAGAGUCAAACCCACCAUCAUACGAAGCAGCUCUCCUUAUGCCACCUCUGAAACGACUAACAAAAUCCUACGCCGAUAUCACAAUGAAGGAAUCAAACGAAGGAAUAGAUCAACCUGACAGCCAACUUCAACGGGAACAUCGUAGCCGAUUUCAUAGCGAUAAUGCUCUUUUACGAGGAGACGGGGAUGACGAGAGAGUUGCUAAAAUCAGACGAACUCCAAGUUUCCGCCGUCAUGCUCCUCGCUCAAGACGUGGAAGUCGCCUGGUAGCCGUUCGCCCCCCACGCUGCCCCGAUGGAAAAUUUCAAAAUUCAGAGAGCCUUGGCAAAAUGUCGAAUUUCGUCUCCUUUGAAAACAGUCCUUACACACGCCGAAAACCUCGAAGUACGACUGCCAGCUCAGUAUCACCAUCAUCUUCUGCAGAAAGGAUCAAUGAUGAAGGUCCUUCAGCAGCGCCGCUUAGAAAUAAUUCAUUGGACUUUAUUGAGAAUUAUUACGUUAGGCCGAAGUCUAUCAGUAAUUCCGGUGAUGAUUAUGAGAUUGUAAGUUCACAUUCAGAUCCUGGCAGUAGAAGAACAUCAGUUCGAAGUUCAGUUGCAUCGGAUCUAGGAAUUGUUAUUGUUCAUAAUAAGCCCCCAUCGGAGGGGCCACCAGCACCCAACGACGCUACAGCCAAAGCUUCGAGUGAGCCUAAAGAGCCAAAGGAAAGUCAAUUUUAGGGACAACAUUCAUUGAGAGCUACUUACGUACUAUUAUUUAGGUGUACAUAAUAAUAAUUAAUAUAUUCUCCUUUUAUACUUA